AUGGCAGCUGCCCACGAGCUUGAGCUUAAGCACGAGAAACACAUCCAUCAGGCCCAGCUGAUCACCAAGGACGAGGAUACACGAAGGCAGAAGGUCACAAAACAAGUGCUUCUCGACGAGAAUUCGACAUUACGCGAGCAGCUUGCCGAGAAGGACUCACAGAUCCACCAAUUGACUGACACAUGCGACGAAACACGCGCAGAGCUGGAGUCGUUGAAAGCGACAAACCGCGACCAGCAGACACAGCUCAAGUCCCAAACAAGAGAAUUUGCCAACAUCAAGGCCGAACUCGAGUCACUAAACAGCCUGUCCCAAGAGUCCACCAAGGUCCUGUCAGAAAAGCUCGCCCUUUCUCGGGAGCUCAACGUUUUGCAACCCGAACUGGAACACUUGCGAUCACAGGUGGCCCAUCAACAGACCACGAUCGCGGAAAAGCUAGCCCUAGAACGCGAAUUAAAUACGCUCGAAGUCCAACUGGCGGCCGAAAAACGUGCAAGAGAACAACAGGCAACCCAAGCUGAAGGAAACAAGACCGUCGAAGACGAGCUCAAACGAAAGCUCAAGGAUGCCGAGAAGAAGCUCACCGCCGAGAAGAGAGAAAAGGAACAAUUACAACAACAACUCGACUCCGCCAACGCCGCAGCGCAGUCAAAUGCGGGUACCCAGCAGGUUGAGAAAGACCUCAUGAAAAAACUGCAAGAGAUGGAAAAGAUGCUGGCGGCCGAGAGGCGAGAGAAGGAAAGAGUUCGCAAGGAGGGCGAGGUGGCUCUUUCAGAAGCACAGGCACAACACGAGAUGCUGGAGCAACGCCUUGACACGUUGAAGUCCAAGUUGCGAAACUCCCAGGAAGAACUCAAGGCAAUGCGUUCGGAAGUUGUACACACUACGACAGUACCCACGGCCAAGCCUGCUGCUGCUCCCCGAGGCGGCGCUUCCAAGGCGCAAAACGCCCGUAAGCGACGCGUCGAAGAACUCAGCAUGAACGACAUGAGCAUUGGAACACCAGAGGACAUUGCACGAAACAGACGACAGCUGAAAAAGAAGGCAUUGGAGCAAACCUUGGUUGGCGAAAAGUCGACAUUCUCGAUUACUCCAUUCUUGGCUAAGAGCAAGACAAUUAGCAUCGAGGACGCAAUCGCCGAGGGCCAGGAGGUCGAAGAGGACGAGGCGGACGUCAGUUACAUCCCACUGGCGCAUGCAAGUGCCCAGAAGGCGGCCGCAGAGGCGGAGGCUGCGAGUGAGGCUGAUCCAGAGAUCGAACCCGAAGCUGAUGUCCCGACUGAAGAGUCUGAAGAGCCGCCAGCCGCUCCCAAGGCGACCACUGCCAAGUCUAAGACCAAGGCUGACGGAGAACCGAAGAAGGCCCGCGGCAGACCCAAGAAGGCUUUGGCUGAGGCUUCGCCAAAUAUGCCUACUCAAACUGUCGCUGCUGGCAAGCCAUCGGCCAAGUCCAGCUCUCCACUAGACAAGGUAGUUGAAGAGGAGGUCGACGAACAGGAAAAUACUGUGCCCGCAAAGGCUGCCGCAGCAGAAAAGAAGACAGCGGCAGCGAUAGCACCAGUUGUGCGCGAUCAAGAGGUCAAGAGAAAGAAGCGCAAGCUCGCCGGAGAUUCAACUACCCUGUUCGAUGAUGAGGGCGAAGGAGAGGCUCCUAUUACGAAGAAACCUGGUAGCAAGGUCGCUAUUGCCGGCAAGGGCCUCAGCAAGACACACUUGACCAUGGCACGCAAUGCGGGUGCGUUUGGUAAGAGAACGUUCUCUCCACUCAAGAAGGAUAGGAGAGGUGUCGGAGCUAGUUUCCUGGCGUAG